AUGAGCAGCAACCAUAUUGGUAUUAGUUGGGGGUGGAUGAGCAGCAGUGCUGGAUCUGGCAUCAGUUUUGGGUGGAUGGCCAGCAGUGCCGGAUCUGGCAUUGUUAGUGCACUCGGUGGGUUAUUGCGGUCGUUUGUUGGAUGUGAAAAAGUGGGAGAAAUAGAACAUGCAAACAGGACAGGAAGAUCUAAUAAUGGAGUGACAACAGAGAGCGGAGAGGGGCCCUUGAAUGUGCUUGCGGAGGUAAAGAAGCAGGGGAAGCGAGAGCAAGAAAUGAGGUUUGAAGAGGAAGAGAGACUAGGAUCGAAAAGGUUUGAAGAGAAACAAGAAUCGAAAAGGUUUGAAGAGAAACAAGAAAUGAAGAGGUUUGAAGAGAGACAAGAACUAAGGAGUGCUGAAGAGAAACAAGAACUAAGGAGUGCUGAAGAGAAACUAAAACUAAACAGUGUUGAAGAAGAGCACAGACUAGAUACCACCAGCUUUAACCAAAAGAAGCACCCCAAAACCUUCAAGAAUACGAGUGUGCCGGAGUCGGCAGACUUGUUCCACGCGGAAAUCCGGUACGAGGUGGCCGAAGCGUCAUGUGGGGUGCAUCCGUGCGCGGUGGACGAGUUUGAGUACGAUUUCACUGGGGGAAACCCGUUCAACUGGGAUCUUCAGCCGUUCACGGUGGACGAAGGCGGCAAGGCGGGCCCUGUGGACCCACUAGGGGGUGUGGCGGCUCGGAAGAGCAGUGUGGCAGAGCCCAAAGCGGACACGCAGAUGUGCCACCGGGCAGCUACCGUGUUUGAGAUGCUGGGCGUGCGAGAACCGGCCGAGGAGGCGGAAAACGAGUCGCCGGGGUCCCUGGCAGCGUCGCAGGGGAGCGGGAGUGUCUGCGGGGCCGACUGGGGCGAGUCCGCGGGCUUUGCACUCGAUGAGGAGAUGCUGAUGCCGGUGGGGAGGCUGGAUGAGGCCGGGAGGCUUGCACGGCGUGUUCCGAUGACUUACGGGGAGAUUGCUGCUCGGGACACGGCGCUGAUGAGUGGAAACGAGGUGUUCGUAGACGGUAGACGGGUGCUGGGCGUCCCGCCGGUUCUGCCAGGUGCAGUUUUCGCCGUUGCCGAGAGGCUCGCCGCAGCAAAUAUUUUGUCGUGGAGCGACUUGGAGUGUGUUGUGGGAGGGGCUCUCCGGGGGAACGAUGGGGACAAUGGGAAGAGCGUGCAUUCUAUGGGAGCUGCAAACUCCAUGAAAAGUGUCAAUAACACGGGAAGUGUAAAUUCUAUGGAAAGUGCCAAUACCACAGAAAGUAUCACUUCUGUCAAAAGCGUCACUUCUACUGCAAUUACACCAACUCUGGCAAGCGGCAAUUCUCUGAGCGUGAAUGCCUCUCAAGCCACCAACAAGCCUGCUGUCAGCAUUCCAUUGAAAAGCACAAAUGACCUCGCAACCCUCAAAAAAUCUAAAGUCAUCAAAUCCGCCAAAAGCCCACCUGGAGCCUAUGUGUGCAGCAUCUGCCACGCUUCCUUCAAGGUGAAAAGCUACCGCACAAGGCACAUGAAGAAGCAUCGUGCGGAAAAGCCAUACAAGUGUCCCUUCUACGCAUCUGAACCUGGAACGGACUCUGAGUCCAAUUCCUCGGCCGAAACAACUCCAGGUGCUACAAGUGACCACGCAGAGCACAAAAAGAGGCGUAUGGGAACCAAAUGCCACCCCACGGGCGGUUUUUCCCGCAGGGACACCUUCAAAACUCAUCUCAGAGCUCUGCACUUCAUAUAUCCAACGGGAACUAAGUCUGGCAACAGAAGCCACGUUUCCGGGCGGUGUGCUGGCUGCUUCAAGGAGUUUAAGAACAACGACGAGUGGCUCUGCAAACACAUUGAGACGAAUCAGUGUCCUGCGAUGGUGAGGAAGUACAAGUAG